GUGGUUAACAUGACGAACGGAUAGAUAAGAUUAAAUAGGUAUCCAUUAUCUUCCGCCUUCACCAUGAUACAAUACUCUAGCGAGCGCUGGCUGACCUUCCUCUACGGCCUGAUCAUGGUCUGCGGCACCGUCUGCUCCGGUGCCUGCGCCGUCGCCUGGAAUCACUGGAAAUUCGUCCUGGACACCUGCACCAUAGACGUCACCUGCGGCUGUAUAUUGAACGCCAGGUCGACGCAUCGCUAUUUCACCGGAGGACAUGUUUCUUAUUGCCAUUGGGCGGUUUAUGGUCUGUUGCCAUCAGUAGCAGUCGCUUUGGUAUUUUUCAUGUAUCAUGGUUACAGAGUUUGUAUCAAUAGCAAAGGAAAGCCGCCGAAGUCUUAUGAGGAGACUGUUAUUACUUCGAGGUCUCGAGAGCACAUAAGCAUGGUAACCCGCGUCAAAGACACCGCCUCACCUCACAAUGCUCCAAACGACGACGAAGCAAUCCACCUAUGCUGGCCUCCUGCUGCAGCAAUAUGCGCCCUCGUUUUUCUAGUCUGUCUGGUACACGCUUCAAUGUUAACCGACGGCUACUACAAAAGUUGCUACGAAUACAGAACCGAACUCGGUAAAAUCCUGAGGGCCAGCGGAAACCAAGUGGCAGUGAUUCAAUCCCGGUUGGCUUGUACGUCGAUAUUUGAUUUUAUGGAUUAUCUGCAGCCUGAUGUACGUGAUCGACAUCGUGGUGAUUUUAUUAAUACGGCUGCUGCUCUGCAGAGCGCGCUGGUGUCUUCUUGGGUGGGAGUCUUUGCUUGGUUUUUGGCCUUUUUGUUAAAUGUGGGCCAGGCCAGGAGAUCGCGGUUAUUGAGGGAAUAAAAUUGGGAUGAUGAUGUAGUUUUGUUUGAGAUCAAGGGAGUUAGGACUGUGGAAAUUAUGAGACCGGGGUUGUAAAUGUAUAUAUAAUACUUAUUUGAUCACUUUUGCAACGUCAAAAUAUUUUCAUAUC